AUGCGAAUGGAACAAUUUUUUACAAUACUAGGCAACUCGUUCACAUACAUUGAAAAGAACAAGGAGCCUAGUAUUGACCCUUGUGGAACACCAUUCGCAACAGGGUGCAGUGUACUUAUUACCUCAGUUGUCUGUUUUACUAUAAUUAUCAUCAUUCACUUUUGUUCUUCGGAAGCUAUAAUUGAAAUUCUCAAUGUUCGAACCAGUAGCGAUAAGAAAUUUGUCACCACUUAUGUCGGCAUCCACAAUCGAUCUUGGUUUGAUGUUAAUUUCACAAUGCAUCAGGAUCUUAUCGGGCACAACUUAUUUGUGAAUAUCCAUUUAAAGGCUAAAAUGAACAAUAAAUUUAGAACAAUUCAACGAUGGAAAAACAUUGAUCUAUGUCGUUUUCUAAGUGGUGAAAAACGUGAUCCAAUUUUAAAUUACAUGUUCGAAAAUGCACUCAAGGAUAAAUCUGCUCUGCAUUGUCCCUUUAAGAAGGGAUCUUUUUCCGUGAAGGAUGCAUUCUUGGAUGCCUCAAAAAUUCCUCCAAUAGUUCCACGAACACAAUAUCGAUUCUUCUUGGAGGUCUCACAAAUGAUGGGCGAUUCAGUGAAAAUGUUUAGUUUAAAAAUUGAUGCAGUUUAUGUUCCAUGA